UGGAGCGGAGCAUGGCGAGCCACACGACCGCGGCCCUGGGGGGCCUGGAGCAGCUGCGAAUGUGCGGGGCAGGGGCAGGCCGCGCCCUGGCCGUGCUCACGAGCGGCGGGGACGCCCAAGGCAUGAACGCGGCGGUCCGGGCGGUGACCCGCAUGGGCAUCUACGUAGGGGCCAAAGUCUUCCUCAUCUACGAGGGCUAUGAGGGCCUGGUGGAAGGAGGCGACAACAUCAAGCAGGCCACGUGGCUGAGUGUCUCCAACAUCAUCCAGCUGGGAGGCACCAUCAUCGGCAGCGCCCGCUGCAAGGCCUUCACCACCAGGGAGGGCCGCCUGGCCGCCGCCUACAACCUGGUCCAGCACGGCAUCACCAACCUGUGCGUCAUCGGCGGCGACGGGAGCCUGACGGGCGCCAACAUCUUCCGCUCCGAGUGGGGGGGCCUCCUGCAGCAGCUGGUGACGGAAGGGAAGAUCCCGGAAUCCGUGGCCCAGACGUACUCGCACCUCAACAUCGUGGGGCUGGUGGGCUCCAUCGACAACGACUUCUGCGGGACGGACAUGACGAUCGGCACCGACUCGGCCCUGCACCGCAUCAUGGAGGUCAUCGACGCCAUCACCACCACGGCCCAGAGCCACCAGAGGACGUUCGUGCUGGAGGUGAUGGGCCGCCACUGCGGGUAUCUGGCCUUGGUGUCCGCCUUGGCGUCGGGCGCCGACUGGCUCUUCAUCCCCGAAUCCCCCCCUGAGGACGGCUGGGAAAACUUCAUGUGUGAGAGACUCGGGGAGACGCGAAGCCGAGGCUCCAGGCUCAACAUCAUCAUCAUUGCAGAAGGCGCCAUCGACCGCCACGGGAAGCCCAUCACGUCGGCUUACGUGAAGGACCUGGUGGUCCAGCGCCUGGGCUUUGACACUCGCGUGACUGUUCUGGGCCACGUGCAGCGGGGAGGGACGCCUUCUGCCUUUGACCGGGUCUUGAGCAGCAAGAUGGGCAUGGAGGCUGUGAUGGCCCUGCUCGAGGCCACGCCGGACACGCCCGCCUGCGUGGUGAGCCUUUCUGGGAACCAGAACGUGCGCCUGCCACUGAUGGAGUGUGUCCAGGUGACGAAGGAAGUGCAGAAAGCCAUGGACGAGAAGAGGUUUGAUGAAGCCAUCCAGCUGCGGGGGAGGAGUUUUGAAACCAACUGGAACAUCUACAAGAUGCUGGCCCAUCAGAAAGUCUCCCAGGAGAAGGCUCUGGUUUCUGCCUCUGUCCAGAGUAACUUCUCCGUGGCCAUUCUGAAUGUGGGGGCUCCAGCCGCAGGCAUGAACGCUGCCGUAAGGUCCGCGGUGCGGACCGGCAUAUCCCAGGGACACAAGGUCUACAUCAUUCAUGAUGGCUUCGAGGGCUUGGCCAAGGGGCAGGUGCACGAGGUGAAUUGGCAUGAUGUCGCUGGCUGGCUGGGGCGAGGAGGGUCAAUGCUGGGGACCAAGAGGACUUUGCCCAAAACUUGCCUGGAGAAAAUUGUGGAAAAUGUGCGAGCUUACAACAUCCAGGCCCUGCUGGUCAUUGGAGGCUUUGAGGCCUACGAAGGCGUGCUGCAGCUGGUGGAGGCCCGCAGUCAGUAUGAAGAGCUCUGCUUUGUCAUGUGUGUCAUCCCUGCCACCAUCAGUAACAAUGUCCCUGGCACCGACUUCAGCCUGGGCUCUGACACAGCCGUCAACGCUGCCAUGGAGAGCUGCGACCGCAUCAAGCAGUCGGCUUCUGGCACCAAGAGGCGGGUGUUCAUCGUGGAGACGAUGGGAGGCUACUGUGGGUACCUGUCCACGGUGACGGGCAUCGCAGUGGGGGCUGACGCCGCCUACGUGUUCGAAGACCCCUUCACCAUCCACGACCUGAAGGCCAACGUGGAACAUUUGACGGAUAAGAUGAAGACGGACAUCCAGCGGGGGCUGGUGCUGCGGAAUGAGAAGAGCCACGAGCACUACACCACGGAGUUCCUGUACAACCUGUACUCCUCCGAAGGGAGAGGAAUAUUCGACUGCCGGACCAACGUCCUGGGACACCUGCAGCAGGGAGGAGCCCCGACCCCCUUCGACCGAAACUACGGCACCAAGCUCGGGGUGAAGGCCAUGCUCUGGAUGUCCGACAAGCUGCGGGAGUCCUAUCGGAAGGGACGCGUCUUUGCCAACUCGGCCGACUCGGCCUGUGUCAUUGGGCUGAGGAAGAAGACGGUGGCCUUCAGCCCGGUCACCGAACUCCAGAAGGUCACGGAUUUUGAACACCGCAUGCCCCGGGAGCAGUGGUGGCUGGACCUGCGGCUCAUGCUCAAGAUGCUGGCCAACUACCAGAUCAGCCUGACCGAGUACGUGCCGGGGAAGAUGGAGCACGUGACGCGGCGCACCCUGAGCAUUGAGAAGGGCUUCUGAGCCUCGCCGGCCUCCCCCAGCGCCCCCUCCACGGCUGCGCCGCCCGCUGUCCCGGGCCCCGGGGACACCUUAGCCUCGGCAGGGAAUGUGCCAGGCGGGAGCCAGGCGCUCGGUGCUCUUUGGGGGCCCAGACGCAGCCUGCUGACGUCACAGCCAAGUACCUCCUUUUGUAGUUGGGGAAACUGAGGCCUGAUGGAGGGGAGAAACCGGAGGGACCACCGAGGCCCCGUAGGCUGAGCCCCUCUUGACAGAUGGGGAAACUGAGGCCAGGCUCAGAAUCAUCUCAUCAUUGCUCCCCACCCUCACUAGUUAGUCUGCAUGAGGAGGAGGUGACCUUCUUGUGGUCGUGCAGCCAGGGCCCAGCCUGUGCCAGCAGGGCAGGGGUGGCAAGCUGGCCGCCCUGGACGGGGCCCCGGAGCUGUGCACAUUCUACUGGGGUCACACUGUGUCUGUGUCGUGUGUGUGAGAUUAAAAACCCACCGAGUGAGCGAA